AUGCGGUCAUCCAGCGGCACCAACAUCCUGACCCCUGGCAGUUUACGCAACCGAUCAGCAUCAAAGUCCCGUACAGCUUCACGUCCGUCGCUUAAACGGAUGGGUUCAGUGAGUACCGCACAUACCCCUAAGUUGAUAUAUUCCGUCGACGAUGAUAUAAAUGAUCGUAUCGAUGAGGAUAUGUUGGAUAUUCUUUCCGAAGAACCAAUAGUCAAGACCCAGAGCGAUCGCGAUUACUUAGAGGGUUAUAAUGAUGCCUUGCGGGCAUUGCUUCAACGAAAAACCAGAAGCCCUAUGAUUCAACCCCGACUGACUCCCGAUUUGAGAAGAAGCGAAGAGGAAGAACGUAGAUCUGGAAGCGUGUCUGGCGUAAAGAGCAGCGACGAUGUGCAAAAGAUCGAAGAGACAAUCGCCCAAGACUUAUUGCGGGCCGAAGAAAACAUCCGCAUUCUUGAAGAAAUUGACGAUUCCAGAAGAGCAAGCAUAGGCGAUAGCGUAAAUGACACGACUGAAAGUAUCCAUGAUGAAGGUGACUUGCUUGAUGUUCCUGCGGACGAAGAAGUCGACGACGGUGCAUCGCUUCAUAGUGUGGAAUCGUUGAAUUUACGUGAACGUCAAGAUGCGAUUAAUUCGACCCAUCCGUUCGGUAUCAAGAUUUGGAAACCUUCCUUGUAUAAAAAGAAGAGAUCAGUUGCUGCCCGAGCCGAAGAGGAUAUUCACGAUUUCGAUCCUCGUAAACCCACAGCUAGAAUUUAUUGGGGUGUUACAUUGACAAAUUAUUUAUGGGCCUUGACAGCCGGAUUAUUUAUUUAUAUCAUUUGUUUAAUUGGUGCAUUUUUCGUGUUUGUAUUCUCAGGGUUUGCCUUGCAACAGAAACUGAGACCAUACGUCAAGUUGUUUUUAAAGUUGGGAAGAUUCUGGUUAUAUCCAUUUGGGAAAUUCGUGAUGUUGAAUAAAGAUGAGAAUUAUAUCGAUGAAGACCAAAUCUUUGGGAGAACAAUUAAUGAGUUCCAUCAAUGGAGAUUACAAGAAGAAGGGAGAUUGUUCUUUGCUCCACCAAGAAGGAAUACCAACAGCACUGGAGAAUCACGCCCUUUAAUUAAAGACCACAAGGGAAGACCAUUGCGCGAUGCAUAUUCUACAUUAGACGAAGGUAAUAGUUCAAGCAUUGCUGAACAGGACGAAAACAUCGAGGACGACCAAGACAAUAUCAAGAUGAGAUUGUUUGGUAGAGGAAGAUGGAGUCCCGGAAGACUCGCCUUUUAUGUAUACUUUUACGGAAUCUUGCAACCAUUAUCCUACCUUAUUGGCCUUUUGUGUUGGUUGAUUGUAUUUACCAUCCCCAUGUCUAAUAUCACUGGAACCAUCAAUGACCAUUUACGUCGUCAUCCAUUGGCGCUUGAUUUUGAAUUGGAGAAAGAAUAUUACCAGCGUAUGGAGGACCCAGUGCAAAAGAAGAAAAAGAAACAACAAAGAAUUUUAUUAUGUACUUACCGUUGUUGUGGGUUCCACUACUACAAAUACACUAUUGAUGGUACCAACAUUUUCUUUAUUAAUUUACUUGCCGUGGUUAUAUUUGUUAUUUUUGAUUUCCUUGUUCUUAAAGAAGUGUUGGAUAUCGAUGCCUGGUUUACCAACUCAACUGUGAUUUUCUGUGCUUCAUUAUUCUCCAUUAUCCCAUUAGCUUAUUUCAUUGGUCAAGCUGUCGCUUCGAUUUCAGCGCAAUCAUCCAUGGGUGUUGGUGCUGCCAUCAACGCUUUCUUCUCGACAGUUGUGGAAAUCUUCCUUUAUUGUGUCGCCUUGAAACAGUACAAGGGUAAGUUAGUCGAGGGAUCCAUGAUUGGUUCUAUUCUCGGUGGUGUUCUCCUCCUUCCUGGAUUAUCAAUGUGUGGAGGUGCUGUAAGAAGAAAAACUCAGAGGUACAAUCCCAGAUCCGCCGGAGUGUCUUCGACCAUGUUACUAUUUGCUAUGGUUAUCAUGUUUGCCCCUUCUUUGUUUUAUCAGAUUUAUGGAGCAUACGAAAUCAAGUGCCACACCUGUGAUAUCACACUUGGUGGCGAUGACUGUACCAAGUGUCGAUUCAUUCAACCUUCAUUCACAUUAGACGCAUUAUAUUACAAUGUCUUGAAACCAUUUUCGUUGAUUGUGGCCAUUGCAUUAUUUGUGGCUUAUAUAUGUGGAUUGUUGUUUACGUUGCGAACUCACGCAUCCUUGAUCUGGGCCACUCAUGAAAACAAGAGACACGAUGACAGUUUUAUGAGAUCUCCAAGCAUGAUUAGUUUGAAUGCCACUCCAAGACAAACACCCCGUCAAGAACCUGUUCCUCCUAAAAUGAGUGCAUUGCCCCCAUCGGCGGAACACCUCGAUGAUGAAGGUACGGGUGGCCAUGAUGCACCUAAUUGGUCGAGAACCAAGUCUACAGUUAUUCUUCUUGGUGCUACAUUAUUAUACGCCAUCAUUGCUGAGAUUUUAGUUGAUACUGUUGAUGCCAUCCUUGUUGAUUUCCCCAUAAACCCUAAAUUCCUUGGUCUUACUGUGUUUGCAUUAGUUCCCAACACUACAGAAUUCCUUAAUGCUAUUUCCUUUGCCAUUGGUGGUAAUGUGGCAUUAUCGAUGGAAAUUGGUUCUGCAUACGCAUUACAAGUUGUCCUUAUUCAAAUCCCCUGUUUGGUGUUGUAUUCCAUGGUGCAGAACUUCACCAACGUCGACCAAGUAUUCCCCUUGGUAUUCCCCCGUUGGGACAUUAUCGCGACAUUAAUUUCCAUAUAUUUAUUUACGUACAUUUAUGCCGAAGGCAAGCUGAACUACUUCAAAGGGGUGAUUCUUAUCCUUAUUUAUUGUGUGGUUUUGAUUGGAUUCUGGUUUAAUGAUAUCAUGGAGGACUUGAAUGAUGAGUAUUCCGGAUUGGCUCAGAUGAUCAAGUUCUCAUUGGGCGGCGGGAUGUAA